AUGAAUGCUGAGCCGUGUUGGAGUAAAGCGCAGCGUCUAAAGGAUUCUUCAGGAAAAAGGCAGACCAAGCCCCCAGGCCCUCGCCCUCCUUCCCAGCUGCCGACCGUCCGGGUGGACACCCCCGAACAGGCAGAGGACGAUUCUCAGGAAGGCUCAGGCCCAGAGGGGAAGCCGCAGCAGAGCCCUGGGCCCGGAUGUCAGGGAGCCUCGGCCAGCAGGCUGUUUCUGGACUUUCAGUCCCUGAGGAUCCUGAAAGAGGACAGUGAUGAGGACAGUGCCAGUGACCUCUCUGACUCCGAGAGGAUUCCCAUCCCCCCUUCCCCGCUGACGCCCCCCGACUUGCGCCUCCGGGCUGAGGAGAUCAGCCCUGCUUACUUUCAUCCUUCCCUGGACCAAGGCCACGCCAAGCCCAACUACUGUUACCCUGACUUCCUCCCGCCGCCCUUUAACUCCUGGGACCUGCAGGAGAUGGCCGUGCUCCUGAACUCGGAGGGCAGGCCGGACGCUGUGCCGAGGGCUGGGGGGGCCCUGGGGAGCUACAUCGACCGGCUGCUCCAACUCGAAUGGCUGCAGAUCCAAACUGUGCACACGGAGCGGGUCAAGGGGGCCAAAGCGAGGCCACCCCCGGGCCUGGGAGCCUCCUGGACUCUGAGAAGCCCUGGGAGGAGUAAGCUCGUUGCUGCCGCUCUGCCCAAGCCACUACCUUACCAGGAAGGGGCUUCCAAGCCAGGCCCUUCAAGAAAGACAGACUUGCGUCCUGAGGACUCACACCCAUCCUACAUCGCAUUUCAGACCUCCCCAAGACCUGUGGAGGGGCUGGGGGGCAGUAGGGGGCCCUCAAAGAAGCAGGGCCUGGAGGUGAGGACAGAGGAGAAGAAGAAGAAGGCCAGUAAGGGUGCCAAGCUGCAACGCCUGGACUUGACCUGCAGUGACAGUGGGCCCAGGAUUCACGCCAACGGGAACCUGCGUGUCCCCCGGCCCCCAGCUGUGAUCCUCGACUCCGUGGACCCCUGUAAAGCCCCUAGAACCCAAGCACACACGAAUCUCAAGAAAAAGGGAAACAUAAGCAAUGGCAGCCAGGCCAGCCUGUCCAGUGAGAAGAAACCCAAAACCAAUGGCCUCAAGAGAAACACCUACAAAUUGAAAUAG